CUAUAAACCCUUGGUUCAAUGAACCUCCUAGCAAAAUCCAUAUCCCAGGAAUCUUAAAACCUUAAUUUAAUAAUGGGAAGAUCACUGGUUCCCAUGGCUGUUCUUGUUUAUAUCUCUCUGCUGUUCUCUGUUUCUUAUUCCUCCACGUUCGUCCUCACAAAUAACUGUCCCUUUACCAUCUGGCCCGGCACUCUUGCAGGCUCUGGCACCCCACCACUACCCACCACAGGCUUCAAGCUUGAUGUGGGACAGUCCGUUAGCAUUCCAUCGGCUGAAGGCUGGUCAGGUCGAAUAUGGGCCAGGACCGGCUGCAACUUUGACGCCAACGGUACAGGAAAAUGCACAACCGGUGACUGCGGCGGGAAGCUGGAGUGUGCCGGCAGUGGCGCAGCCCCUCCGACUUCCCUUUUCGAGAUCACGCUCGGUCGCACUCCCGGUGACAAAGAUUUCUACGACGUUAGUCUCGUUGAUGGGUAUAACCUCCCCAUGGUUGCUUUCCCGAGAGGCGGGGGACUGGUUGGAGCUUGUAAUGCCACUGGAUGCGUUGCUGAUAUCAACGUUAGCUGUCCGAAGGAGCUUCAGGUGAUGGGAGAGGCGGAGGAAGAGAGAGGAGGGGUUGUUGCUUGCAAGAGCGCUUGUGAGGCCUUUGGAUUGGAUCAGUACUGUUGCAGCGGUCAGUUUGCUAAUCCAACCACGUGCAGGCCGUCUUCUUACUCUACCGUCUUUAAGAGAGCUUGUCCUAGGGCGUAUAGCUAUGCCUUUGAUGAUGGGACUAGUACUUUCACUUGCCAAGCUUCUGAAUAUGUUAUUAUCUUUUGCCCUGGCAGGGUUAAAAGACCAAGCAGCCAAGAAUUGGAUCCUCCUAGCCCGCCACAGAAUCCAUACGGCCAACAACCUAUGGCUCCACCGACUCAGAAUCCUUAUGGUCAACCAAUGGCUCCACCAACUCAGAAUCCUUAUGGUCAACCAAUGGCUCCACCAACUCAGAAUCCAUAUGACCAACCAAUGGCUCCACCAACUCAGAAUCCUUAUGGUCAACCUAUGGCCCCACCAGCUCAGAAUCCGUAUGGUCAACCAAUGGCUCCUCCAACUCAGAAUCCUUAUGGUCAACCUGUUGCUCCUGAGACUCAGAACCUGCCUGGACCAAGUCAGAAUCCAAACGGGGAAUCAACGACUCCCCCACCUCAUGAUCAGUUCAUGAUGCCUCCUCCCAUUGUAAACCAAGAUCCAGACGACCGGUUUAUAAAUCCGCCAAUAGUGGAUGAGAGUCAAAGAGCUGAAACUGGGAAGGUUGGUAAGACUCAUUCCUCGUCUGACAUGCUUCGACCUUACCCUGUCUUGUUGCUUAUUGGACUCAGUCUAGUUGCUUUGAGGCAAUCAUGCACAACAUGAAACGUCAUUGUUCUUCCUUUUUAAUGAGAAUCGAUACAUAACUGUGUGGAAGGAAGCAAACAGAUUAUGUUUCCUGUCUUCCUAGAGAUUCUCAACUCUAUUCGUCAAAGUUCUUAGAUUACCUUGACUUGUUUGAAUUGGGUUCACAAUUAUACAUGUAAAACUACUUUAUUCCAUGUA